AUGGCGGCCGCGGCGGCCGUUGGUGGGACUGCAAGCGAGCAGCCGCACGUUGGUGAGGAUCGCGUUGACCUGGUAGGUAUCGCGACCUCGAGCGACGACGAGGACGGCGCCCACAGCAGCAGCAGCGGCAGCAGUGGCGGCGGCACCGGCGCAGGCGGGCAGCAUGUAGCGCUGCGCAACGGCUCAAAACGCCGUGUGCAGCGCGAGUGGCAGCACUCCCGCCAGCGGCCGCCGCGAAAGCGCAAAAUGGGUUUCAGAGAAGAUGCGAGUGGUCUGAUAACAAUCCUCGACACCGAUGAGGAGGAUGGGGAGGACGCGGGGGAGGAGUGGGAGGAGGGUGGUGAUGGCGGCGACGAUGAAGUGAUCUGCACAGGCACUGCGAACGCGCAUCCAUCCAUAGCGGCGUCCGGCCUGGCGGCCGCGGCGACGGCCGCAGCGGCGGACGCGCGGGCCUUCGCCAACGCCGCCGCCGCGGCGGCUGCAGCUCGCGGCGCAUGGGUGCCCACAUUGCCUGGCGCGGGGCCCGCGUCUUGCGACGCCGCGGCGGUGGCCGCGGCAGCUGCAGUGCCGCUGCCCUGUCAGCUGUCCCAGGGCGGCGCCCAGGCUGACGAGCUGAGCGAUGAGCAGGCUGCCGUGGCGCGUGCUGUGCUGGUGGAGCGCGCCAACGUGUUCUUCAGCGGCUCCGCCGGCACGGGCAAGUCAUUCCUGCUCAACCACAUCGUGGAUCAGCUGCGGCGCCAGUUUGGCCCCAAAUUCCACGACAGGGUCGCCGUCACAGCCGCGACGGGCAUCGCCGCCACACACAUUGGCGGUGGGCGCUCGCUUGGGGCAGUGCGGCGCCCUACCCCACUUUGGGCCCCUCUCACCAUCUCAUCAUUCAUGGGGACUGUUUACGGCCGUGAGCUGCGGCUGUAG